CUGCAGAAUGAAGAGGAGCCGGGCGAGGCCGUGCCGGUGGUGAGCGAUGCCCCUCCGCCCUACAGCAGCAUUUCUGCAGAGAGCACAGCUUAUUUUGACUACAAGGAUGAGUCAGGGUUCCCGAAGCCGCCGUCCUACAACGUGGCCACCACUCUGCCCAGCUACGACGAGGCCGAGAGGACCAAGGCUGAGGCCACCAUUCCCUUGGUGCCUGGCAGGGAUGAUGACUUUGUGACACGGGAUGACUUUGAUGACACUGACCAGCUGAGGAUAGGAAACGAUGGCAUCUUCAUGCUGACUUUCUUCAUGGCAUUCCUCUUCAACUGGAUUGGAUUUUUCCUGUCUUUCUGUCUGACUACUUCAGCUGCAGGACGAUAUGGGGCCAUUUCUGGAUUUGGUCUGUCUCUUAUUAAGUGGAUCCUUAUUGUCAGGUUCUCCACCUAUUUUCCUGGCUACUUCGAUGGCCAGUACUGGCUUUGGUGGGUCUUCCUUGUACUAGGUUUUCUGCUGUUUCUCAGAGGAUUUAUUAAUUAUGCAAAGGUUAGGAAGAUGCCAGAUACAUUUUCCACUCUCCCCAGAACCAGAGUUCUCUUUAUUUACUAAAGAUGUUUUCUGGCAAAUGUCUUCCUGCAUUAGUGAAAUCCCCCCCAAGAAGCAGCAGGACACCUGCAGGAAGUGAAUCAAGGCUCUGGAGCAGAAGAAAAAAUAAUCACCUGCUUUAAAAUAAAUAAAUAAAAGUACUGUUGGAAAAAG